AUGUCAAAUAUGAGCCCAAAGGAGUUCAUAGCCAUUGUCCAGGCAAGGACUGAAGAGGAACCUGAUCCAGGCCCUGCCUCCUAUUACUAUAGUCUGUGGGAAUUAGCGUUUCAACCUAUGAAUUUGAGGGAGACUGAAAUGUUCAGACCAGAACACUGGGCAAGUGAAGAUGGCUCUUCAGGAGCAGGCUUCGAAGUCCUGGGGAUUUUGAGGAGGGAAACAAUGAGAAGUGAGCUAGAGAGAUGCUACAUCACCCUCACACAGUCUCUGCACCUGACCAUGAGUGGAGCUCCAUCAGGACCUGCAGGAACAGGCAAGACAGAGACCACCAAGGACCUGGGUCGAGCACUGGGCAUCAUGGUCUAUGUGUUUAACUGCUCAGAGCAGAUGGACUACAAGUCUUGUGGCAACAUCUACAAGGGCCUGGCUCAGACAGGUGCCUGGGGCUGUUUUGAUGAGUUUAAUCGAAUCUUCGUGGAAGCCUUGUCAGUGGUGGCCAUGCAGGUGAAAAGCAUUCAGGAUGCAAUUCGAGAUAAGAAACAGCGGUUUGGCUUCCUUGGGGAGGAGAUUAGCCUGAACCCCUCUGUGGGUAUCUUCAUCACCAUGAACCCUGGCUAUGCUGGCCGCACAGAGCUGCCGGAGAACCUCAAGGCCCUCUUCAGGCCUUGUGCAAUGGUUGUUCCUGACUUUGAGUUGAUCUGUGAGAUCAUGCUGGUGGCAGAAGGAUUCAUUGAAGCUCGGUUAUUAGCCAGAAAAUUCAUCACUCUCUACCAGUUGUGCAAAGAGCUUCUCUCCAAACAGGAUCACUAUGACUGGGGCCUGCGGGCCAUCAAGUCUGUGCUAGUGGUGGCAGGAUCUCUGAAGCGAGGGGACCCUGACCGGCCUGAGGACCAAAUCCUGAUGCGCUCCUUGCGAGACUUCAACAUCCCCAAGAUUGUGACCGAUGACAUGCCAGUGUUCAUGGGCCUGAUUGGGGACCUCUUUCCUGCCCUGGACGUCCCUCGGAGGAGAGACCUCAACUUUGAAGGUUUGGUUAGGAAGGCGGUGGUGGAUCUGAAGCUCCAGGCUGAAGACAACUUUGUGCUCAAGGAAAUCACUCCUCUUUUGGACUUACCUCUCCAGAAGUGCCAGACGAUCACGGCUGAGAAAUGAAAGGUUU